GUGUGCGAAGAAGCCAAGUGCCCCAACAUCGGCGAGUGCUGGGAAGGAGGCACUGCGACUUUGAUGCUGCUGGGCGACACCUGCACCAGGGGCUGCAAGUUUUGCGCCAUCAAAACCUCCUCGAAACCGCCGCCCCCAGACCCGAUGGAGCCCCAGAAGGUGGCGGAGGCCGUUGCCCAGGACGAUAUGCCGGACGGCGGCGCGGAACACUUCGCCAGGACUGUGCAGCUAAUAAAAGAGAAGAAGCCGGACAUGCUAGUGGAGUGUCUCGUCUCGGAUUUCCAGGGCAUGCGCUCGUCCGUGGAAAGGGUGGCCUGCAGCGGGCUCGACGUGUUCGCCCACAACGUCGAAACUGUCCCGCGGCUGAGUCCUUUCGUGCGGGACCGCCGCGCCUCUUUCGAGCAGUCUUUGCAGGUCCUGGCCAUGGCCAAGGAG